CUGUUUUUUUCGCGCACUCAAAAGGCGGCAUUCUGUCGCAUUGGUCGUGUUUUGUCCAGUCUUGUUAUAGUGUUUUACUCACCUUUCAUAUUUUAAAAAUUGUAAAUAUAUUGUAUAUUUUAGAAUAACGUAAUAAAAGUGAAUCGAAUUCAUUUGAAUACUAGACGAACCUGGUGCUACUUAGCUAGAAAAAAAUGAGCUCCGACUUGGACUACGAAGAACAGAAACUACUUCGGCGGAAGAAGAAAUCAUCGGAAGCUGGCAAUUUGCUGCAGCUGGCAGAAGUAUGUCUCAAACUCGGCGAGCUAUACAACGAUCGUGGCGAGCACCGAAAAGCCUUGAACGAAUUCAAACUGGUAGGGAAAGCGUAUAGCAAACAAAAUAUGGCAAUGGAAGUGGGUCGUGCGUAUCGGAUGGUUGGUGAAAUGUUUAUGCUUCUGGGAGAAUACGAGAAAGCACUUCAAUAUGAGGCGAAUUAUCUGGAAAUAGCCCAGCGAGAAGGAGACCAAGUAGAACAGCAGCGGGCGCUCGUUACGAUUGGCAGGACCCAUCUACUGCAAGGGCAGAGUUGCGAAGAAAAGGCUGAAGAUUCGCUGAAAGAAGCAGAAAAGGUUUUCCAAAAGAGUCUAAAGAUGAGUCGACAUUUGAAGGGUAUUCCCAGAAUAGAACAGAUGGAUAUGGAAGCCAGAUCGUUUCUUAAUUUGGGUGUUACCAAGGAACAUCAGGGACAGUUGAAUGUUGCUAUUAAUUACAUGCAAGACGCGAUUAAGAUAGCAAAGAAUAACGAACUGCAUGAGCUGCUACAUCUUUGUUACAUGUCUUGUGCUCUGAUGUUUCUAAAACAGGAUGAUUAUUCAAAAGCUUUAAAGAUUCUUAACGAAGCUCUAGAAGUGGCAUCAAGACUUCACAACAAGACAACAAAAAUGUGUGAAACCCUGUUAAUCAAAUCGGACGUUAUGAUUCGCAUGGGGGACUUCCAAAGUGCGCGGCAGUCAUUAAAGCAGGCAUACCGAUUGAAGACUCCUGUUGUUUCCGAUGCAGAGAGCAUAGAGCGUCAGCUGAAAAUUGUAGUAGCACUUUGCCGCAUUGAGGAUAAACUAAUCACUACUGACGACAAUGAUCAUGCUACGAAGAAACGCCUCUACGAACAGAUGGGUGACGGAUCCUGCAAGCUGGAAAAUUACAGUAAAGGAAUCGAUUAUUACCUGAAAAUGUUAGAUUGCGCUCGGCGCAACGGAGAGACCGACCGGGAGUUGGUUCCGAUUUAUGUGAGUUUGUAUCAGACGUACAAGGAUAAUAAGCAAUAUACGGAAGCUCUUGAAUAUCUUUGGAAAGAGCACGAUUUAAUAAAAAAUAUACCGAAAGAAGCUUUCAACACGUUACUUAACAUAGCGGAAGUUUACGAGUUGCAAGAAGAGUCAUACUUUGAAAUCGAGGACAUUUAUCGUCGUGCUCGUCAGGAAGCGAAAAAGCUUAAGUCGCUCAAGAGUGAAAAAGUAGCACUGAAACGCUGCAUAGCGGUGUUGAAGAAGCACGGUAUGGAUCUCAUGGUGGAAAACUUGGAAACGGAAGCCGCACAAGCUGGGAUUGAUUUGACCUCAUCUGAUGUCGAAAGCGACAGCGACACUGAACAGAAUGAGACGGAAACUUCGAUCGAGUUUCACAUUAACACGGAGGAAUUCGGAGACGAUGUGGAUCUGGCAGAGCUGUCCAACUCAGAGAACGAAGAUCAACCAAAAGCUAGCGAUGUACAGCCGGAAGCUAGGGCCACGAGGAAGCGGGGUACUUCUUUCAAGGUGCGCCGAAACGGCAAAGGAGAAACUCAAUUACAUCAGGCAUGCAUUAAUGGUAAUAUCGUUCUCGUACAGAAGCUUCUAGACCAGGGCCAUCCAGUUAACGUUCGGGAUAAUGCUGGUUGGCUUCCGCUUCACGAAGCUUGCAUUCAUGGUCACAAAGAAAUUGUCGAUAUAUUGGUGGAACGAGGGGCUCAUAUCAACGAUAAAGGAGGGGUCAAAUGUGAUGGGAUUACACCGUUGUAUGACGCGUGCUCCAAUGGAAACCUUGAAGUGAUAGAGCUUCUACUGGAUCGAGGAGCCAACUGUACUUUGCAAACCGAUUCUGGAGACACUGCUCUGAAUGUUUUGGAACAAUGGUUUAAAGCUAGUCAGACGAUGCUUCCGAGUGAGAUAAUUGCUUCUUACAAGAGCGUACGGGGCAGAAUUGAAGAAUGUUUCAACAAGGCAGGUAUCAAGUUGAAUGAGGCUUCCUCUAUGCCGGAAGCAAUCGAGGUAGAACCCUCUACAAGCGAGGGUCGGGCUAGUCGCAGACGAACAAAUCAACUCAGUCGGCCGAAUAGCGGCACGACGGAAAGAGAUGUUCAUUCGGUUAGCACAAGCAACAAAAAACCACGAAAUUCGCCCCGCGUUCGCCAUCGAGACGUCCUCUCAGACUCGUCUGAUUUAUCGUCAGAUUCGGACGACGGGAAAAAGGUAGACAACUCAGUUUCUUUACCCCUAGGAAGUUCUCGUUCAGCGUCAACCGGUCUUAACGAUUACCGCGAUGCAAUGCAGGUGCUACGGAAAGGUUCAACAGUCAGAGCGCAGAUAGUUUCCCCUUUAAAAGAUCCCAAUCCUGCUCCUGCGAAACGUCCCGCCUAUUUACAUCAGGACGAGGUUGAUGAUGACUGGCUAGAGGAUGAUCUUGGCCCCAAUUCCAAGCGGCAAAAAUUUUUCUCCGACACAAGUUAUACAAAAAAAUCACCCAUCCGAUCGGCUAAUCGAAGCUUUGAAAAAGAAGACAGCCCUCCCAUAUCUGAUGAUACAAUUACUACAACCGGCAUAGAUUACGAUUCGGAUGAUGGUUGUCAAAUGAUCAUGGAUAGAGUUUCGUUAGAGGAAGGUGAACCUUCGGCAGUCGAUGCCCAUCAGAUACUGAUGAAUGCAUCGGAAAAAAGCUUCUCCAAAAAGUCCUCUAGUCACCAGAGUGCGCGUCGGCAAUCCUCGUUUCACGAACCGGCAGAAUAUCAAGCGUCAUUGCUUGAAGUUGGAAUCAGUGUAUCUCCACGUUCGCCAAGUCCCCCGGCUGACGAGCUGGAGGAACAGACAUCACCGACGAAGGAUGAUGAACCGGUUGAAAAUAAGUCGCCCGUUAAGCUGCUACCGCCAAGCGUACUUCGGGUUGUCGUCGAAGGUGAGGUGAUCGAUGUGGACUACGAUGAAGAUCGUCUUACGGAGUUGAACGUGGAAUGGUUGAUCAACGAGGUUGCGCAGCAAUACGGACUAAAGCAUGGCAAGCGUCCACUUUUGAAGCUUCUCCGCCCAGACGGUGGUCUAUGUGUGGGUUCUGAUCCUCUGACCACACUUCUCGGUGGCGAUGAUACUGCUAUCAAUUCCUAUGUUAUAGAGUACCAAAAACUGCCAGCAGAGCAGUUUUUUAAUGACUAUUGUAACUAUCAUAAUCUUGAAUGUCCUACCGAAGUAAUGAAAGCCCUUGCAGUGAUGGAAUCUACAAAAAGCUUUAGUUUGCAGCAUAAUUUCUUCGAAGAUAGCCCUGAACAGUGGGCUGUUUUGUUUCAAGCUCUCGAGGACCAAGAAUGCCUUCGGGAGCUUUCUCUUAACGAAACUGAACUGUCGAAUGAGGACUUCAAGCAUUUGGCAUUGAAGUUAUCCUCCUUAAAAAAUCUCGAAAUACUAAAUCUUUCAAUAAACUGUAUCACUUACAUAGGCCUCCAGAGUUUGUCCUAUCUAGCAGAAAACAGUUCCAAUGUGCUGACCCGUUUGACCGAGCUGGAUCUCAGUCGAAAUCCGUUGAUGGACAAGAGCUUACUGGUAUUGACGGACGUGUGUCGGGAGCUGACACAGCUGCGAGUUCUGAGGUUGAAGUCCACUUCCCUAACAAAUCUGACGUUUCCCGCAAUACCAAUGGACAUUAGCCGGUUGCUGGUUUUUGACGUAUCGGAAAAUGAUUUAAACCAGAAGUCUAUCGAUUAUUUGUUUUCUGCUUGGAAUACAAGGAUUCUGAUCGAACUUAAUGUGCAGUCACUGGGGAAUCUAGAGGACUUUACAAGUUUGCUAAUUUUGACGCUUCAGACUAAAGAUUUCGAUAUGCUGCGCAUGGUAGAUCUAAGCGACUGCGACCUAACCGAUGACGUUUUCAGUACUAUCGUGUUCGCGCUGAAAAAAAGUGCGGAGAAACUGAUGCGUAUCGAUGCGUCGUUCAACAGUCAACUAACUAGAAAAAGUUUAAUUUUGGUAUUCGAUAGUUUCAGCGAUCGCUCGCUAGAGUUGGUGCGCUUUGAACAGAAUGCACUGGUGUUGGACGAUUGGAAGGAUGAUUUGUUGGAAGUUAUUGGUUAUGAUGAAAGCAAAUACUACCCGGGCCGAGUGGAACUUAUGGUACCGUUAAGAUUGACUGAAGAGGACAGAGUUGACCUGCGCAGUUCGUUGGAAUCAUUCUGGAGAACGAUUUGGCCGGAAAGAUAUGUGGUUGAGAUGGACGAGUGGACGGUGACGCUAAGUCAGAAAGAGAAGUUACGUCUAAAUAUACAGUGAAAGGUAAGAUUGAAUUAGUCUGAUAAGAAAGAUUAAGUGCUUUAACGUGACGCUCAGGGUUUUUCCUAGCUAUAGUAGGAUUUUAAGGGAAAGUAAGUAAUCGAAUUUUUCCUAAAUAUUGUGACCAACCGCAUCAAUGGUGAUAUUUUAAAAUUAUUUUUCGUAUGAAGUGUCACUGAAAAUAUAUUACUGUUUAUUGAUCGAAACUGUUAGAGUAGCGUAGAUAAAUUAAAACAAUUGUAUAAGAUUUUCCUAAAACCUAAUGCCCCGAAUGCUAUAUGGGAAAACCGUUGGUGUAAUUAAAAGGUGGUUUAGAUCGAGGUUAUAUCGGCUUUCGGAUCAACAAAUCAAACCUCGCCCAGCUUGUUAAACAGUACUUUAUUCGCAAAUCUUUGGAUAAACUUUUCAUUUAAUUAUACAUGGUUUCUGGUUAACCUUAACUAGUAUAUUUUUACUCUGCAUAUCUUUCUCUUUCAUAAGACACCAAAUCGAGUUUCGUUUAGGUUAAUUGUUUCAUGCUGAUCGAUUUUGCCCCGCUCAAGCUUUACCGUGUUAUUCUUUGAACUACUCUUAGUCUUAGUUUUUUUCCGCAAUUUCUCCUGUGGAUCAGUGAUCAGUGAACCACAUAAACGCCUUUCUCCAGUUCACUCUAUCUGUGCUAGGUUACCCUUGGCGUAGCUACCGAUUCUAUGUUCUCAUAUUUGUGACUCGUUUCUUCAAAGGUUGAUACUAUACAUUGCUUUACAAUUCCGUUUUGCUCUAUCUGAAUCAUUCAAACUUUUAGGAGGAAGUUUCAUAUUAAUCAUAUACAUGCUGAAGUUCAUUUUUGCUGCAGUAGUGUUAAAAAUCUACCUUUAAACUGCUCGGCAAAAACUCAUCAGUAACUUCCUAUAUUCCUAUUAAAUGAUGUGAUUUGGAUGAACAAGUGUGCUGUACUUUAAAGUGCUGAUGCUUUAUCAAACUUUUUAAUUGUCUCAAAAAACGUUGCAAUAUGUUUCGUUCACAGCAACAGUGAUUUAUUUGCUGCUCAUGUAUGAUAAUUGUCUCCAGGGUAAGUCAGUCCUUAAACAAUAGUUUGGUACUUACAAGUUUGUAAUAACAACAGCUGGUGAAUAUUCGGCGAACGAUGAUUUUUGCUUGUAUUGAACCGCCUACAGCUGUCUCCUACUGUCAAAAGUGAGCGUUAAA